CCUCUCCGUAACUUCCUUCCUACACCGGCGACGGAGAAUCUCAUUUCCGAUAUCCAGGCGGGGAAGCAACGAAGAACGUCAGAAGAAGAAAAAGAAACCGGAAUGAGUUUAGCCUACUUUCGAUUGUUCGAUUUUUCGAUAUUUUCACAAUUGAACAUCGAUGGAUUUUCAUUCAGCUGAGCUUAUUAGUCUACCGACGUCCUUGGCCGCCGAAUCGAAAUCGGCAGUGACAUGAACUGCAGAAAACCUGUGGGGGAAAGUGAUGGAGGAGGAAGCUGCUGCCCUUUUGGAAGGCUGCUAAUUUUGUCUCUGCCUGCGUAAAAGUGGCACUGCUUCUGGGACUGGCUCGCAGCUUCGAGUACCGCGCUGAGGACUUGACGUCGGAAGAGAAGCUGUGGGACUUGUACGAGAGAUGGAGGAGCCACCACACGGUGUCUCGAUCCCUCACCGAGAAGCAAGCGCGGUUCAAUGUGUUCAAGGAGAAUGUGAAGCACAUCCACAAGGUGAACCAGAAGGACAAGCCUUACAAGCUGAAGCUCAACAGCUUUGCUGAUAUGACCAACCACGAGUUCGUGAAGCACUUCGGUGGAUCGAAAGUCAGCCACUACAGGAUGCUUCAUGGCCCCCGGAGGCAAACCCCGUUCAGUCAUGGAGAAACAGACAACGUUCCUGCGUCGGUUGAUUGGAGGAAGAAUGGUGCAGUGACUCCGAUCAAGAAUCAAGGCAAAUGCGGUAGCUGUUGGGCAUUCUCGAGUGUUGCUGCGGUGGAAGGAAUCAACAAGAUCAAAACAGGGGAGCUGGUGUCGUUAUCCGAGCAGGAGCUGGUGGACUGCAGCAAGGACAACCAUGGCUGCGAUGGAGGGAUGAUGGAGCAAGCUUUCCAGUUCAUAGAGCAAGUUGGUGGGCUGACAACUGAGACUAACUACCCUUACGAAGCGAAGGACGAAUCUUGCAACUCUGCCAAGUUGAAUGCUGCGGCGGUACAGAUAGAUGGUUACGAAAUGGUGCCGGAGAACGAUGAGAACGCACUGAUGAAGGCCGCUGCCAACCAACCAAUAGCCAUCGCCAUUGAUGCUGGUGGCAAGGAUCUCCAGUUCUAUUCCGAGGGUGUUUUCACCGGAGACUGUGGGACGGAGCUGAACCACGGGGUGGCGCUUGUGGGCUACGGUUCGACCCUGGACGGGACGAAGUACUGGAUCGUGAAGAACUCGUGGGGGACGGAAUGGGGAGAGCAGGGUUUCAUAAGGAUGCAGCGCGGGGUAGAUGCCGAAGAAGGGAUCUGUGGGAUAGCCAUGGAUGCCUGCUACCCUGUGAAGUCUACAUCGACCAACAAGAAGAAACAAGGCUCACCUGCAGCUGGGAAGGAUGAACUGUAGACGCGUAUGUCUCCUCUCCUAUUAAGUGACCUGCAAAUAAAGAGAGGUUGAGAACACAUUAAGAAUAAAGACAGCAUAUAUGUUGAUGCUGGCGAUGUUGGAUUUGUAAUCAAGAUGUAUCACCAUGUUACUUAUAGCUACAAGAAUUUCCUGUGGUACUAUGCAUCAAUCUAUUCCAAUCAGUAUACAAUCCUACCAAAGCUAUUUAUAG